UUCUGUCUCAACUUUGAGACCUGUUUCUCAUUCUCCCUCCCUCGUGUUUGUUCACCUUACAAAAUUUCCACUGUUUUCUUGCUCAUUUCUCUUCCUUUCUCUUUUCUCUAUUCUGAGCCUAGUCUCCGCCACGCCACCGUCGCCGUCGCGAAGAAGACUUAGCUUUGCCGCUUUGAUCAACGAAGCCCUCCCGUUCUAUUGUCGCGUACAGUGAGGUUGUUAGUGCAGAUUCCCGCGCGGUUUAUCAUGGGGGAUAGUCAAUAUUCGUUUUCACUCACCACAUUUAGCCCUUCUGGAAAACUUGUUCAGAUUGAGCAUGCUUUGACGGCUGUUGGGUCUGGGCAAACGUCUUUGGGAAUUAAAGCUGCAAAUGGAGUUGUCAUCGCUACCGAGAAGAAAUUGCCAUCUAUUUUGGUUGAUGAAGCAUCAGUCCAGAAAAUUCAGUUAUUAACACCAAAUAUUGGUGUCGUAUAUAGUGGCAUGGGUCCCGAUUUUCGUGUUUUGGUUCGAAAAAGCAGGAAACAGGCUGAGCAGUAUCACCGAUUAUAUAAAGAGCCAAUUCCUGUGACUCAACUUGUCAGGGAAGUUGCUGCGGUAAUGCAGGAGUUUACUCAGUCUGGUGGUGUUAGGCCUUUUGGAGUGUCGCUGCUAGUUGCUGGGUUUGAUGAUAAUGGGCCACAAUUAUACCAGGUGGAUCCGUCAGGUUCAUAUUUUUCAUGGAAAGCUUCUGCAAUGGGGAAAAAUGUAUCUAAUGCAAAGACGUUUCUUGAGAAGAGGUACACAGAUGAUAUGGAGCUUGAUGAUGCAGUCCACACAGCAAUAUUGACUCUGAAGGAAGGGUUUGAGGGACAGAUCUCAGGGACAAACAUUGAAAUUGGCAUAAUUGGUGCUGAUAAAAAGUUCAGGGUAUUGACACCAGCUGAAAUUGAUGACUAUUUGGCUGAAGUAGAAUAGUAUGCAAUGAAGAAAUGCCGUGUUCUUGAAGUUGUUGUUUGCUUCAAAGUUGAGUUAAAUUUGUAACUUAAAACUGACUUCGUGAUGACAAUAGUAAAUUUGCGAGAUACUUGUAGUUGUGACCAGGAACAAGCCUUGACAUAAACCUUUUUCAUUAGAGUCAUCGACGUUAUCAAACAUAGUUGAGAAUCUUAUUGAUCCAUAUUUCUACCAUUUUAUACAUAUCACCGGUUAAGUUCAA